AUGGGACGCCCUUACCGUCAAGUACCCGACAUAAAUCUCCAUGGCCCUCACCAAACAUAUGCCUACCAGUAUGACCGACCUGCUACCGCCUCGACUGACAUAUAUCCUCCUCGUGGCCGCAGCCCAGGUCCCCGUCACCGUAAUAGACCAGAGCCUGCUGCCGCUUCCCAUGAUAAUUACGACCGAAUUCAUUCACCAAGAGGGCCCCAAGAUGGCCGCGAGCAUCGAAAGGACCGUAGGGAACGGAAGGACCUCUCCGCAGACGAACACAAUACUCAGGUAGACCCAAGGCGCAACCAUAAUACUCCGAAAAACCGGUUUGUCGAUGACGAAGACAAGCCUUAUCCCAAGCCCCUUCGGAGCCACGGCCGUUCAGCCGGUGGUUCAUACCGUACCGCCCAUGAUUACGAAGACUCCGAUGCAUACUCACCUGGUUCCCACCAUGCCCAUGAGCGGCAACACGCUUACCACCCACCCCGAACAAGCGAAACGAGAAGGUCCAGGUACCCCGACUAUGAUACUGAGCCGCGUUCUACCGACAAGCGACGCUCUCGCUACACUGACGAUGCCGAGCCACAUGCUAGCGACAGGCGGAGGUCGCGCCACGCUGACUAUAGGGGCGGUGUUUCCCGGGACGCCGAAAAACCACACCGCGCUAAGCACCCUGACUCUGAGGUUGAUCCGCGUUCGCACCAAAGAGAUCGUUCCUUAAAAGACCAUAGGCGCUCAAGAAAGGACUCGCCUGAUCCCUACUUCCAAUCCACCCGGCAACACUCUGCCAGAGGUCGGUCUGUGCCGCGAAAUUCCGCCGUACGAGGUGCCACCGGCGCCGCUCGACCCAGAGCCAAAUCUGCUGUUGGAUAUGCUGCCUUGGGUGAAGCAGCCCAAACAGCUUUUCGCGUUGGCAGUCAGGCAGCUUAUCAAAUGCGUAAUGAGCCAGGGCCAUGGAUUGGCGAGAAAGGGACUCGUGUUGCAACGGCUGCCCUCGGCGCAGCUCUUGUAGACACCUUUGUUGGUCACAAGGCUGCCAAUAUGAAAGGUGGCAUGCGUCAUCAAGCCUUGCGCCAGGCAUGCGAGAUGGGCAUUCGUAACUUCGUCAUGCAGCCUGCUGUCAACAGCGCCAACCACCGUAAUGGAAGUGGCAGCAAAGGGGGUCGCAAACGACGGUGA